UCCAGCAAAGACAAUUCACAGACCAGCUCGGAAAGUAGCGGCAGCUUUGCUUCAUCCAUAGGUAUACUUUAGAAAACUACAUCCACUCCAUCAUGUUCCGUCUUCAUCGAGCCGCCAUCUUAGGCCUGAGCUUGUCCGCCUCAGUGCUAGGCGCUGCUCUGCCCGCAGUCCAGAACGACUGUCUGACCAAUGCGGCUGGCUGUGCUGUCGACACCGGCUUGAAGCUUGACGUCUCAGGGAGCUCAUCUACUCCCACCGGUGGCUCCUCGCCUCUUGCGGCUAGCUGUUGGGAGAACCAGCUCCGAUGCAACGAGCAUUGGGAGGAGAUUUGCGACAACGACACGAAAUGGAAGCGUCUGAUGCGGUGCGAGAGUUGCACCGAGGACUUAGUCGGCGGCGACAUAGAUUGCGUCCCUUAUGAAAAUAUGCCACCCGAAGCAACCCACACUCCCGAAUGCGUAGCAGGCGCUUUGCGCUGCCAAGGUACCUACCUUGAUCUAUGCGGUGCGGAUCACUCUUGGGAGCGUAUAGAGAAGUGCGGACGAUGUGUUACUGACCCUGACGGCCAAACCUUCUGUGACAACCCGGAGAUAACCGAUACCGCAGGUGGUAAAUUUGCGAUGGCAACGGCUGCUCCAGGCCUACCACUUCUAGCUAGGUCUGCCCCAACUUUUUCAGCUCUAGGAGAUGCGUCAGAUGCAACCCCCGUACCAUCAUCGCACACUCCCCGUGGGCAUGAAGUCGACACGGAUAAGACCAAACCGUGCACUGUUGGUACAGUGCGCUGCACCGGAGACCGCGUCCAAGGUUGCACUGGGGAGCAAAAGUGGCACGACUUUGGCCCUUGCCCUGACUGCGAACAGCUUGACGACAAUCGUGUCGACUGCAAGUGGAAAAAUUUGUUAACACAGUACAAGGAUCCUAUGGUUUCCCCAACUGGCUCGACUUAGGGCUGUAAGAUAGGUCCACAGCAGUGUACCCGUGGCAACACGAUCGUCGAAUCUCGCACCUAUGACGGUAAGUUGGCUCCUGCGGAAGCGUGUUCGGCUGAGAAGACGUGUGCCUGGGGGUCUGUUAGGGGAUGGCAUCUUGUUUUGCGAAGGA